UGCAGCUCUAGUACGAUGUAAAUAAAAUACCUACCAACCUAAAAUCCAACUUCUGAUCUCAAUAAUACUAACUCCUUGUUAAUUAACAUUGAAAUUGUUUAAAUUAAAUAUAUAAUGUAAAAUAAAAUGAAUGAUUAUAAGUGCCGAAGUGUCUCUUCACUGUGUUCUUGUUUCACAUUAUGUUUUUUAAAAAAAUCUGUAAAUUCAAAGAUAAGGCGCAUUUAUAAAUUCUGCAGGAGGCACACCUGAGUUUAUGUAUGCCACUGACACCUCAGAUGAUCAUGAAUUUUAAGCCUUAAAUUUCAAUUCUUAAAAGGCUAUCCAUAUACUGUUAAAUAGAUCCAACCAUUCACUUCUCACUACCAUAAUUGAUAAGCAAGCUAUAAGUGAGAAACAGCCAAGAGCUCCAAAAGAGCCCGUCAUCAUCACCACCUACGUUAAACCUAAAAAAAGCGAUACUCGAGUUGUUUUCCAAAAAUUCUUAAUGUUAUUAUCGCGUCUUUAUGUGUUAGCUGAAAUAAAAUAUAACUCAUAAAGUAUGUCUUAUAAUCGAUAUUAUAAGCGAUAUUUAGAGCCGAACUGUGUUCCAGCAGAUCGAAAAAUUCCUCGAAGCACGAAAUGUCGUAAAGCUAGGAAAUAUUUUCAGACUACUUCAAACGAACAAGUUAAAGCAACAGCAUCUUCCAACUACGGUGAAUCAACUAAUAGUGACUCGAGCGAUGCCGAUAUCAGCUUUAAAAACCAAGAGAAUAAAGAUAUUUCCAUGGCUGGAUGUUCUGAUGAAAAAGAUAUUUUGAUGGUUAUUAAUGAUGAUGCUAUACAACAAGAUGCUGAAGACAAUUUGGAUAUUGAUAAUGAUGCUUUUGAGCAAGAUGAAGCAAACGUUUUCGUAAGUAGUACAUAAAUUAAGUAGUAAAUCAACCUGACACCCCUUACCAAGGGUGUCAGGUUGAAGUGCAAAUAUUAGUUGAACAAAGUGCAAUGUGAAUUAGUGCAAAUAUUGUUUAUAUAUGUAUAUAUGUGUUGUUAUGUAUUAUUUCAGUACAUAUUAAAUAAAUGAGCAGGAUCUAGCAUCUCGCAAACACAUUUAAUAACAACUUAACGAGAUACACAAACACAAACUGAAACUAAACAUAAAUACAAACUGAAA